AUUUUGCGAAAUCAACAAUGGCGAAGGCAAAGAGAACAAAGACUCUAGCAGAGCAAAUUGCGGAUCUUGAGGACCCUGCUCCCAAAGAUUUCGACCCGGAAGAUCAGGCCGAACAUAGCGAGAGUGAAGAUGGAGCGGCUGGCAGUGAGGACGAAGAAUUCGACGGAAGAGAGCAUUACGUGAACGUUGAUAAGAGCAAAUUGCGCAAAAAAGGCGAAGUCCCACUUGGUCCUCAGUACGAAGGGGCUCGCGUCAGCCGAUCUGCAUUAGAGGGAGAGGAAAGCGAUGAUGACCCUUUCGCAAGCGGUAGAAGUGGGGAUGAGAAUGGUUCUGCUGAAUCGGAUGCCGAUGAAGUCGAAGAGGACUCAGCGAUGAAUGACGCCGCCGAAACCGACGACGAAAUUGACAGCGACGAGGCAUUAGGCGAGAGCGAUGCAGAGAAAUUCAAAGACUUUACUUUCCGAGGCAGCUCAAAGCCAAGAGAAAGGAAAAUAGACGACGUCGCAAAAGCGAACGGUGUUACACACGAGUCACAUGAAUCUGAUUCAGACGAGGAACUCAGCCAGGACGACGAGGGUUCAGCGUCGAACGAAGAUGAUAAUGGAGAAGACGAUUCUGAAAAUGAGUCGCAGAGCGAUCAAGACGAAAUUGAUGAUGACGAGGACGAAGAGAGCGAGGAUGGAGAAGAAAGUGAGGAUGAAGAUGAACCAUUAAAGGACGAGGACUCUGAGCGGGCUGCUUUGAGGGAAAUGAUGAGCUCAGAGCAAAAGAAUGUGACGGCUAUAAUAUCGCAAGCUGCCAAGGUGGAUGCUGAAAAGGGUGAGGCGGUCAAGCAACAACGUCAGACUUUCAGCACCCUUCUCAACACUCGUAUACGACUCCAGAAAGCGCUUGUGGCAACAAACACUUUCUCCGCCGCCGACGAUGCCUCCGAAGCCGAUGCGGCUGCUGUACGCUCAGCCGAAGAGGCGGCCCUUUCGCUAUGGAACACUCUCGACUCUUUCAGGGUUUCUCUGUCAUCUGCUCGGACAGGAAGCAAACGAAAACACUCUGCCAUCGAUAUCGACAAUGCUUCGCCCGAAAGUCUUUGGAGCCGCAUGCAGGAGCACGAGUCUCAGCUUCUUCCCGCUCGAAAAUUGACCCUCGAGAAAUGGUCAGCGAAAGUCCGCUCCGCUAACGCUGCUCCUGUCACUCGCAAGCUCAACACCGCUUCUGAGCAGACCAUCACUGACGUGCUCACAUCUCAUCUGGCAAACUCUGAAAGACUAGUCAAGCGCACGCAGAUUCCACGUUCUUGCGCACCCCUCCAAGCAAGCAAAGGCGCGCAAGAAAUUCCAGAGGUUUACGACGACGCGGAUUUUUACAGCUUAUUGCUCAAGGAGCUUGUAGAUCAGCGAAUGGCCGACUCAGCAGCAGCCGCUUCCGAAACCUUUACUGGUGCUAGCCUUCCAGCCCAAUGGGAGGCCGCUCGUUCCGCCAAGACAAAGAGGAAUGUCGACACAAAGGCUAGCAAAGGCCGGAAGUUGAGAUACACAGUGCACGAGAAGCUCCAAGAUUUCAUGGUACCGGAAGAUCGUGGUACUUGGGAAGAUCGCCAAAUCGAUGAGCUCUUUGGUAGUCUGUUGGGCAAGCAGAUGGAGCUGAAUGAAGAUGAAGGCGACGAGGAAGAAGCAUUGAUGCUUUUCAGGAGCAAAAAUUGAGGCGUUAUAUAGAUAGGUACUGGGCUAAAUCGUGCAUUCUAAAAGUUAUCUUCUUCGCAUCAUACCAAUAAUAUAUAAAUAUUUCAAGAGAAC